AUGGAACGUCUCGUCUCCGGUUCUCUACAGCCAUUAUGGGCCUUCUUCCGGAACCUGAUCAGCCACCUCGGAAUCUCAAGCAAUGCUGCUGGUCUGGUGUACCUCGCAAUCCUUCACACCGUCCCACUACGAUCCGCUCUGACCGGCACGUCCUCUCUGCUUGAUGCGCUCAUCAUCUGUCCUGGAGCGUACCGGGAGCAUGACGCACCCUCUCUGAACAGAGGCGAGUAUCCAGCAUGUGCAGCCAUGACUACAGGGUUUGUCUUCCGCGUGGAGAACGAAGCCACUGUUCUGCAGCUUCAACGCUUCGGGAAGCCAGGGCAUCUCACGACGUUGACAGUCCAGUCGGGGAGCAAAGGUCCCUCAGCCGGAACGUGGCAUGCAUGCUUUUUUGAGGCUAUGCGAGAUACAGCCACGUUAUGCUAUGCAGCAACGCUCGCGAUGACCGUCUGUGCCACGCUCAUGCUGGUCCACCUGGAAGAACUCCAAGCCCUCUUAUGGCUCGCAGUCACCAUCUUGACCCGCCUGGUGAGCGUCGUCAUCUUCCGCAGAAGAGCGCAGCCGGGCUGGAAGGGGAUCGUGGAGCCUGGUGCGAAGGGUGACUUACUCGUCCUACUGAGCCAGGACAGGUGGAUCCGUCUCCGAGGUCUAGUCGACGACAUCAAAGCAGUCACGUCUGGUCAAUGGCUUCGAGAUAUGACUCCUCUGGAGAGCUCAGCCGUGUCUGCGACAACGCUUGUCGUCUGGCUCAGUGCUGGCUUCUCCACUACGGCUGGCAAAGACGGCCAGGUGGUGCUGCUCGCACUUCUGUUCUGCUCAGCUGGUAUGCUCGGGCUCGCUAAUUUGUCGACGCGAGUUUCGUGCAUGUAUGGCCGGCAACUCCAGUCAAAGGACUCUCCUGAGCGAUUUGAAAGAAGGCUUGAUCUCGCUGAGCAGCUCAUUCAAGAAACAGGGAGGCAGGAUUGGGCGUUGCGACUCGGAAUGAUACAGCCAAAGACAGCUGAUGACAACCAUGAACAUGAACUGGGCCCAAAGAUCAUGUGA